UAGCGUGUCAAUAUACUGACUGUAAAGGUUCAUGCCAAUACGAACAGGUUAACACGCUCGGAUAUACAUGUGGGUAUUUAUGACCGACAGCACCGUUUAGAAUGAAUAACCCAAUUACGAAAAAAACUUGAUUAAAGGCGCAAGUAUUCAAAACAGUACGCUAUAUAAAUCUCGAAUGUGCAGUAACUGUACGAUAAAUAGACACGCGCACUCAUAAACCCAACGUUCGCGCAGUGCCGUCAAGUAUUACACUGAAAGUGGUUGCAGGUCGCAAUGUAAACAGAAAACUCGUGAUGGAUACUGGAUUAAAGACCAAGAGGAGAUACCACAUUUUGUUUUUCGUUCUCAGGAAAAAUAGGAAUGACGUCGCUAAAGAUGAAAACAGGAUUAAGAAAACAAGAUGCUCAAAAUGGGUCAGACAGUCGGUGGUUAUUGCGGCGAUCCUUCUUGUCGUGUAUGCGUUCGUUCCAAACCCUCAUCUCUUCACAAACCUCCCCCACAAGAUCUCAAACUACAUCAGCAUCACCUGGAACUUUACAAUACCGGAAGUAAGACAUGUGGGGUUCUUGAAAGUGCACAAGGCCGGCGGAAGUACCAUCCAAAACAUCCUUUUCCGGUUCGGCAUACGUAGAAAUGUCUCAUUUGUUAUGCCAGUCACACAGUACAAGCUUUCCGAGUUUGGUAAAGUGCCUUAUGACAUUCUAAAUAAUAAACAUGGUCGCAAUUUUGACAUACUAACGAUACAUUCAGUUUACAACGAAAGUGUGUACGCGCGGCUUCUUCCCAGGGACGCCGCCCGUGUCGCCAUUGUGAGGGACCCCCUCGAGGUGAUGGUCUCCGGGGCGUACUAUCACAGGGACGUCUGGGGCGUCGACUAUCUACGCAAAGUGCCUAAUGAUAAUUACAUCAAGAACCUGAUAUUAUUUCCGGAAGUGUACGACAAAAACGAAUUCAGUUUGACCAGAAACAGCAUGGCAAUGGAUUUUGGUUUUCCAAAAGGGCUGCAUUGCACAGAAUCAGACAGGGUUCAGCAUUAUCUGUCCUACCUUAACGGGAAUUUUGACUUAGUGAUGAUACUCGAGCGUUUUGACGAAUCUCUUGUUCUACUGAAGAGAUUGUUACGCUGGACAUUAAAGGAUAUAUUAUAUAUUCCGCAGAAUACUCACCACCACCCUGCAAUAUCAGACUUGAAUCUCUCGUCUUCCGACAUCAGCAAGUUUCAACUCAGGAACUUCCUGGAUGUUUCCUUAUACAACUACUUUUCCAACAUUUUUAAAUCAAAAGUUCUGGCUGCAGGUGAUGACUUCAAAUACGAGGUCGAGCACAUGCAGAGCGUGGUUUCCAAGGUGACGGACUACUGCGUGUUUCAUGAGCGACACUCCAGCUCACGUGACAUAACGGUUUACCAAUCUGAUUGGAACGCAGAAUUUACGGUGAACGCCGAAGACUGUCGGGAAAUGAUGACGUCAGAACUCGAUUUCAUUGACAAAAUACGCAAGCGCGUUAAAUCAAAAUUAAGAGGUGUUUAUAACAAAAUAUUCUCGUUUAAGAGUGAAUGAUGACGCUUUGUAUGCUAAGUAAAUUACCCCAUGACUGCUAUAUUUUUCUUUUAUUGAAAUUGAAAUUGUGAUAUAAUUGAAAUUGCUCACUACGCAGAAAUCAGCAUUACAUUAUGCAAUGAAGAGCUGUAUAGAUUCUAACAUUCCGAAAUACUGCAGAUAAGCAUUUUACUGCCAUGAUAUUAAAUGCGUUUGUAAGUAGUAUGCACAUAAGCAAUCUACAGAAAGACAUGUAAUAUUGUUUGCUCUAAAAGUGCUGUUUGUUAUAUGCCGGAUUGCCUGAACGCAUUUAAAGUUGUUGUUGUUUUGUUCUUUGUUAUUAACAUGUUCACGCAUGAAUGUAUUUGCUUAUCUGGUUAAAGUCAACUAUUUCUAAUUGGUAAUGAUAUUUUAUUGUUUAUGGCAUCAUGUCUCUUAUCACGUGACGUGUUGUGUCCCUUAUCACAUGACGUUGUGUGUGUCUCCUAACACGUGGCGUGUUGUGUCUAUUAUCACGUGGCUUGUUGUGUCUAUUUUCACGUCACAUAUUGUUUGUCUAUUAUCACGUGACGUAUUUUGUGCCUAUUAGCACGUGACGUGUUGUGUAUGUUAUCACGUGACGUAUUGUGUGUCUCUAAGCACAUGACGUAUUGUGUGCCUAUUAUCACGUGAGGUGUUUUGUUUGUUAUCACGUGACGUAGUGUGUGCCGAUUGUCACGUUACGUGGUGUGUGUCUCUUAUCAUGUGAUAUUGUGUGUCUCUUAUAGCGGGACGUGUUAUUUCUCUUUUCACGUGAAGUAGCUUUAUUAAAGUAUGUUAGCCUUUGAUGGAUGUACCAUUAAACAAGUUGUUACAUUGCACACUGCAGUUAUCUUGUUAACUCGUUAUGCUGUCUUCUUCCUUUCUGACAAACCUUUCUUGUCAAUUCGUCUUCUUCAGUUCUGGUAUAUUAUGGUUUGUAUUAUAUCUUGUUUACCUGUUAUGUUGUCAACUUAAUUUCUGACCAUGUUAUCUUAUUUACUCGUUAUGUGGUUAAUUUUGUUAUGUAUCUUGUAAAUUCGUUAAGUUGUCUUUGUUCACCUUUGGCAAUGUUAUCUUAACAACUCGUUGUUUUGUCGUCUUCACCUCUAGCAAUGUAAAAUGUUUCAGUUAGAUAGCCUAUACGUUGAAAGACUCGAGCGUCACCUGUACAUUUAACACUGUUAACUGUUACUGAUGGACAUUGUCAAACUAUUCUAUGUUAAGCCAAAACUCUUUAUACAAUGGAGGUGAACGCGCUUGUUACCUAUAAAGAUAUUGUCUUAAAAGUAUGUACAUACAUGUACUCUUAAAUGUGUGAUCACUCAUAUAAAGUCUUUCAUAUUAUUUUGUCAAUAAAAAUCUCGAUAUGAGUAAGA